AUGGUGAGCAUAAUUUGGGUCGGGGAGCAGGUUGUGCAAAGGGUAGGGCGGGAGCGCAGUGUCCAGAAAGCCUCUAAUCCAUUCUUCACAGCACAGCUCAUUUUCCAGCGGCUGCUGCGGCUCUUCCCCCCACCCCUUCAGUGCGACAACCUCCUAGCUGGUGGAGAGGCAGAGCGAAGGCAGCUGGAUAAAUUCAUAGCUGUGGAAUUCCUGGAUCAAAUGGUAUGA